AGUGUCGGUUUUCAAAAUUAUUGUAAUUUAAUUUAAAAAAAAUAUUAAAAAAUAUGUUAAAAGCCCCUGGACAUUUUGUGAAUCCCAAAGCGCCAUUGCACCAAGAAUUUGAUCUUUCGUCUCUAUUGCCGGAAAUUAAAAGCUAUCAGGCUACAUCAAAUUUUGAAACUAGCAAAUGGCCAAUUAUCCUAAACGGACACACACGUGUCCGCUCCAAAACCUGCUUAAAACUAUCACCUUCUAAGAGUAAACUCAAAAGAAAGAAAACUUCAGUUUUCAUGAAGCUAGCCACAAUUUCCCGUCCCGAUAUUUUGCACAACUAUUUGUCCUACAAUGAAAUAAUGCAAUAUUUGGAUUACAUCAACGUACGUUUUAUGGAUUUUGUAAAAGUCCACACUCUGGGCACAACAUUUGAACGCCGAACCAUUAAAUGCAUUGAGAUCAAUUGGAAUAGUGAAAAGGCCAAAGAAAAUCGUGCACGUUCGGCGCCUAUUAAUUAUGUUGAGCUUAAACAACUGGAGGAUAGAACACCGAACAAUGAUCGUAAUAUUGUGUUCAUUGAGGGUGGCACCCAUGCUCGAGAAUGGCUAUCGGUAACGGUGGCUUUGAAUUGCAUUCAUCAGUUGACGGAGAAAAAUGUAAGACAUCGAGAUUUACUGCGUAAAUUAAAAUUCUAUAUUGUACCGGUGGUCAAUCCAGAUGGCUAUGAAUAUGCAAGGAAUGUUAAUCCACGUUGGCGUAAAAAUCGUCGUCCCUGCAUAAAUGGCGAAAACAUUGGAACCGAUUGCAAUCGUAAUUUUGAUUUUCACUGGGAUGCAAGCCGAACAAAAGCCCAACGAAAUACAUACCAAGGAGAUAAACCCUUUUCGGAGCAUGAAACCAAAGCUUUAGCAACAAUGUUGCACAGUUUGGCACCAAAACUAUUGUUCUUUUUGUCGCUGCACUCAUAUGCUCAAUGCAUAAUGUAUCCCUGGGGCUAUAGCAAAAUUUUAGCAAAAAAUUCCAAACUAAUGGAAAGUGUGGCGAUUGCUGGACGCAAUGCAAUCAAGGCAUUAAGUGGUCGUUAUUAUCGUGUUGGCAGUAUAGCGCAUAUAACCAAACGUAACAUAGCUGGUUCGGUGGUAGAUUAUGCUUAUGGUGCGGUUAAAAUACCAUUGACCCUGGUCAUGGAAUUGCCUUCAAGUGAGUAUGGUUUUCAGCCGCCGCCAGAUAAAAUACAUCCUUUGGGUAUGGAAAGUUGGCAUGGCAUAAGAGAAAUGUGUAAAAAAGCCUACAGUCUUAAGAACCAAAUUGAGGAGGAAGAGAAGGAAGCCGCUCAAAAUGAAACAAAAGAUUUAAUAUCAUGUGUAGAGGACUGUGAACCGAAUAAGAAAGAGUUGCUUAAAAUAGAAAAAGUUAUUAAACCACAAUUAAGUAUCAAAAGUAAUAAAUUAAAAGUUACCAAAAAUCGUAUGUCUGAGGGCAUUAUCACUUCAAUGCUGGAUGUGAAAUUUUAGAGAACAGAAAAUAAUUAAAAACCAAAGGCUUGUUGUGUUUUAAUUUCAAUUAAUAGUUUAAUUUGUAAAUAAUAUAAUGGUAAAUACAUACAUAAAUGAGAUGUGAUUAUUUCACAAAAUCCAAUCAAAUGUUUUGAUGAAAUAAA